UCAGCCCAUGAGCACAGUUCUUCACGACGCCUGUCCUCCAUCUCCAUCUCGGUCUAGCCUCGUCUCCGCCUAAUGUGCGGGGCGUGCAAUUGGAGAUGCUAACCGUAAACCUUGCCGCUCCCGAUAGGUGGUGAAUAACCUCUGCGGCGCCUUCCUCGACUUCGACGCCCAAAUGAAAUGAUGCAGACGAAAGAGGAAAAUCCAGUAGCAACUUGUUGUAACAUAUUUGUGUCAGAUUUAUGUGUGUGUGUGUGUACAAGAAAACUACAUUCUGCUAUUCGGAAUUAUUACAUUCAGAGACAAACAGGAUAACUAUGUAUUCCAAGAAGAGGGGAUGCCAACAUCUCAUGUUUAUCAUGGUUCAUUUUUGCUCUUCUGGACCAUUAAAUGAGACCAUGAUAUCAACAUUGAGCUAGUUGAAGAGAUGUUAAUGAGAGAUCACCGCUCCGAUUACCAUCUACUUCAGUAUUCAGAUGAGGAAAGAGGAAGGGAGCAGUUGUUGAUUUAAAGCUUGCAAGCAAAGCAGGGGAAAGAGCGAAGAAAGGGGAAAAGCCAGCAACCAAACAAGCAGCAGCACCAGUGCACCCCAACCCAUGCCUCUCUCUCUCUCUCUCCCCCCCUCCUCCAUAUGCUAUCAAGAUGCCAUAAAGGAGAUUUUGAACUAAAUGUUAGCAGGAGAGUGGAUUAAGAUUUGUAAAGCACGUUGCUGCCUCUCUCUCUCUCUCUCUCUCUCUCUUUCUCUCACUGCGUUGUAUGGCGUGUUUGCAAGAAGUGCAUGUGAGAGAAGCAGGGAGGACAUGAAAAGCCCGCCUUUGCAUGACUGACUGAUUCAUCGGGUUCAAGCGUCUCUCCCUCUCUCUCUUUCUCUCCUGUGUUCUUUUGUUUCCCUACUGUUCGACAUUGAGAAACGUUGGUGAUGAGCAGGCAGAAGAGAAGGGGCUAUUAAGGAAGCAAAGUUUCCGUUGAUUCUUGCCGUCGACUCCGCCACCGUUUCUUCUGCCCGCCUUGUUUUGCUCCUCUCUCGGAAUGGCAGUUCAAGCCCACUACGGAUCCAACAUUUUGCUUCUGAAUAGAAGCGAGCAGGAGAAGAAGGAGAUGGACUACUCUCCCCAGGCCGCGACGCGGGACGGAGCGAAUAAGGAAGCGCGGAAGAGAGGGAGGGAGGCCGCCGGCGUACCAAUGGCGCCGUCGCCGCCGCCGCCGCCGCUGCAGCAGCAGCAUCAGAGCCGCCUUUUAAGCUUCCUCUCGAUGAAACCACAACCUUGUUCGCCGGCACCUGUGAGCAUCGCCGAGCUCCAAAUGCACCCGCCGUCCAAGGUUUCUCUUGGCCUCCGUCUCACCGCAGAAGAGAAGCGACGCCACAGGAGAGAGACGCAAUCCAAUCCCCUUCUCUCCUCCGCUUCCUCUUCCUCUUCCACUGUCUUACAUGAAGAACUUGUCGCACUUGUUAACCAUCAGAGGGACGAAAUCGACACGCUUCUCCUUGCUCAGGAGGAGCAGCUGCGGCGGGCAUUGGCGGAGCGACGGCAGAGGCACUACCGUGCUUUGUUGAAUGCGGCGGAGGAGUCAGCCGCGCGGCGGUUGCGGGAGAAGGAAGCGGAGGUGGGGCGGUUAGCCCGGCGUCGCGGCGAGCUCGAAAACCGCCUCGCCCUCCUCCGGACCGAGACGAUGGCGUGGCAGGCCAAGGCCAUGGCAGACCAGGUGACGGCGGCCGCCCUCAACGCCCAGCUCGAGAAGGCAGCUGCGGCCCCGGAGAGGAAAGAGAUUUCCGGCGAUUCGCCGCCAGCGGAGGACGCCGAGUCGGGCUUCGAGGACCCGGACCGGGUCGAGCGGGAGCGGGCGUGCCGGUCGUGCCAGUGUCGCCGGGCGUCAGUCGUGCUCCUCCCCUGCCGCCACCUCUGCCUCUGCGACGCCUGCGACGCGGCCUCAGACUCAUGCCCGGUUUGCCGCUGUGUCACAACUGGUAGCGUCCGAGUCCUCCUCUCCUAAGCUCCUCCAGGCCAAGCCGUCCCCUCCACCCACGAGCAGCUCCAUCACCAAUCCCUCCAAACUCCGACUCCAAAAGAAGGGAAAAAAA